ACGAAGAAGAGGAGGAGAAGGAAGAAGACUCUUCAAAACCCUGCCAACAACCUGAAACGCGUUGCCAUUCUGCGGCUUCGUCCUCUCCACCCAGCAGCGACAUGAAGUUUGUGCCCCACUCAGUCAUGAAGAAGGAGCUUCUGUGCGCCGCUGGCUUCCUCCUCUUCCUCAGCAGCACAGUCACGUCUGCAGAGGAAGGAACUAACGUGAAAAACUCCCAGUGUCACAACUACGCGGGAGGACACGUAUAUCCCGGAGAGGCUUCCCGUGUGCCUGUGUCUGACCAUUCCCUGCACCUCAGCAAAGCCAAGAUUUCAAAGCCAGCACCACAGUGGGAAGGAACAGCCGUCAUCAACGGUGAAUUCAAGGAGCUGAAGCUGUCAGACUACAAAGGCAAAUAUCUGGUCUUUUUCUUCUACCCCCUCGACUUCACAUUUGUUUGUCCCACUGAGAUCAUUGCAUUCAGCGAUCGUGUGCAUGAGUUCAAAGCCAUAAAUACUGAGGUGGUCGCCUGCUCCGUGGACUCCCAGUUCACACACCUGGCCUGGAUAAAUACACCCAGGAAGCAGGGCGGUCUUGGACCAAUGAAAAUCCCUCUGUUGUCUGACCUAACUCACCAGAUUUCUAAAGACUAUGGCGUCUAUCUGGAGGACCAGGGUCACACUCUGAGGGGACUCUUCAUCAUUGAUGACAAAGGCGACCUGAGGCAGAUCACCAUGAAUGAUCUUCCAGUGGGACGAUCUGUGGACGAGACUCUGCGGCUGGUGCAGGCGUUCCAGUACACUGACAAACACGGAGAAGUGUGUCCAGCAGGAUGGAAGCCAGGCAGUGACACAAUCAUUCCCGACCCUUCAGGCAAGCUCAAGUAUUUUGAUAAAUUGAACUGAUCCAUCAUCCUUGUCUGUGAAAUCCAAAUAAAAUGAAAGAACGAAUAAACUGUGUUUUCCAAAAAA